UGCCGUUGAAAACUCUACGCAGGAAUACACAGGGCAGAAAAUUGCAGUCUAGUUUCGUCGCGAUUGCAGUGUGGAUCGAUAAUAGAACCAAAAAUUGGCAGAGGUGAAUGUGAAAAAAUUGUGAAAAAUAAUUUCAUAUAAAGAAAAUAUCUCAGUUGCAUUUCAAAAGUGAAUUUCGAUGGAAAAAAGAAUAAUCCACAACAACCGUUAGAAAUGGUAAAAAUAUAAUCAAAAAUGCCUGCAAAAUCAGUAAAAACUCAUCUAAAUGUUUAAAUGUUUACAUAAGUUAAAGAAAAUAGCAAAACAAAAAAAAAAAACAAUCAAAUAGUUAAGCAAUCUUAAAAUAAUUAACCAAUCAACUACUACGUAACACCGACCAACCGUCCGCUUCUAUUUCGAAAAUUAGUUUAAAAACGUGUUAAAAAUCUUAGCAUACUUAUUAGCGCUGCCUGCUUCAAUUCGUCUAUGCACGUUUAUGUGAAUAUGUAAACAACCAACACAGCGAUGAUAUCAAUGAAAAAUAACGACAGUUGACCAAAUAAUUCCGAGAGCGAUAUGAUAGAGAGAGGGAAAGCUCAAGUUAACGCCGCUCUGUGCACACAAAAAUCAGUGAGAGAAGCUUUUUCAAAGCUUUCAUAGAAAAUGUGCUGAAAAAAGUUAAAUAAAAACAAACACAAACACAAACACGUUCGUACACAAAUUGCAACAACAUAAUCGUGCGAUAAAUAGAAGUGGAGUCAAGUGAAGGAAUUCGUAUGUUUGUAAAUAUUUGAAAAAGCAAGUUAGCCUGUGUGAGAAAGGGAGAGAGAGAAAAGUGGAGAAGAGAGGAAACAGUGUUAGUGUAAAGAGUGCAAAUACAAUUCAAUGAAACUUACACACGCAAUUUAAGUGCACAGAAGAAGCCGUUAUAGUAGUACGCGACCACACACAGCCAAACAUAACAAACAUACACGUGCACCGCACAACGUCAGAUCUCUCAAGGUGCAUACGUGUAUGUGUGUGUGUGUACGAGUGAUUUUUGUCAAAUAUAAAAGUACUUCAAGGAUUUCAUGUGCAAAUAAACGACAACUCAUACCGUUAAACUCAACAGCAGCAUGGUAGCAGCCGAAGUGUAAAAAUUACAAACUUAGAAGAAUAUCUGGGAGGCAAAUCAAACGAAUAUACGAACAUACAUAUGUACGAGUAUGCACGUGAAAAUAUAUAUAAAAUUUAUAAUAUAAUCUGACAAGGACAUCAGGAAUGCAAAUGCACAUUAUAAAAAAUGUAUAAGCGCAAAAUGCGCUUAAUAUGAACAAAAACCGAAUAGAAAAGAGAGCGUGCAUAACGUAGAGUGUGCUUUUAGGCGUAUGAACAUAUGUUUUGUGUUACACGCUAAUUGCGGCUAUAAUUUUUAGCGUUGAACUCGCAUUUAAGCAUAACUUUUGGAACAUAUCAAAAUAUUUCUUUAGAAAAACUUACACGCUUGCACACACACAAAAUAUCUAUACAAUUACAUAUAAACACGCGUAAAAAUUGCCAGCGCCUGAGAAUAUGCAACACUAGUGCAGCGCUACACUUUCAAGCAGCAUGUCCUUAAGCGACCAUAAUGAUCUGCCGGGUGAAGGUGGUAGCAGGCGUCUAAGCAAUUUUAGCGCAUAUGCAAUGAGUGCCACAAUAUGCAGCCCCGGUAGCAGUAGUAGAUGUUGUAGCAACAGCAAUGCCAACAACAGCCAGGACAGUAUUAGUGACUGUCAGUUACAUCGGCAUAGCAACGACUUCAGCAGCAGCCAUGGCCGAAAUAGUGUGAGUGGCAGCUGUUCUAACAAUGACAGCAUUUACCAACAACUAAACACCACUGUACAACAACCACAGCAACAGCUGCAAGCAAAACUGCCACUUCGGCAAACAUUACGGCGACAGCACAAGAACAAUAGCAAUGGGAAUGCAAUCAAUGCCAGUUCCUCAAAAUUACGAAAUAACACCAAUGCAAACAAUGUGAGACCAUCCUCAUCCAUUGCAGAGGGCGAACACAUUGAAGGCUAUCCACCAACUGCAUACGAUGUAUUCACAUCAUCACUAACGCCAUUCGCGAGUUGCGGCCGUCUGAAACAGCAUCAAAAGUUGCACUCGCCAUUGCUGCCGAUAAAAAUACCCGCCUCGGUGUAUGCCGUCACCGGUUUGCUGUUGUUGUGUACAAUGCUUGUUUCACCAUGUCAAGCUUUCCAGUUGGAUGGUUCGCAAACUUCUUUUGCCCAAUUUCGCAAAUGGUAUACGGGACUCAACGGUUCGCUAGAGCUGGAAUUCAAGACUGAGCAGCCCAAUGGUUUGGUGCUUUACACCGAUGAUGGCGGUACUUAUGACUUUUUCGAGCUCAAGCUGGUGGAGGGUGCAUUGCGUUUGCGUUAUAAUUUGGGUGGCGGUGCGCAUAUCAUAACUGUGGGCAGAGAAUUGCAUGAUGGUCAUUGGCAUAAAGUGCAGGUGCUGCGCAAUGAUGAACAAACUUCGCUUAUUGUGGAUGGCGUGUCGCAGAGUAGUACAACUAAGGGCAAGGAAUUUCAAUUUGGGAAAUUCGCCACCAACUCUGAUGUCUACGUAGGCGGCAUGCCAAAUUGGUACAGCACAAAGUUGGCAUUAUUAGCCUUGCCAAGCGUGAUCUUCGAGCCGAGAUUCCGGGGUGCCAUACGCAAUUUGGUAUACGCCGAUCAGCCAGGUGGGGCGACACGCCGUCAGGAGAUGAAACAACCACGUGAUAUAAAGUGUGGUGAUGGCCCUUGUGACAAUGGUGAAAUGCCAAAGGAGAAAGUACCAAGGGGUGUACGUGGCGGUAAUACUACAGAUGCUUGCGAACGAAGUGAUCCCUGCCAACAUGGCGGUAUUUGCAUCUCAACCGACUCGGGACCAAUUUGUGAGUGCAAAAAUCUCGAAUAUGAUGGUCAAUACUGUGAAAAGGAAAAAGCGCCAUCGGAGGCCACAUUUCGCGGUCAACAGUUCCUGUCGUAUGAUCUUGGUCAAACGAGUGCCGAGCCUAUUGUUAGUGCUCAGGACGCCAUUACGUUAUAUUUUCGCACACGACAGCCAAAUGGCUUACUAUUCUAUACGGGGCACGGUACUGACUACUUGAAUUUGGCGUUGCGCGAUGGUGGUGUUUCCCUAACAAUGGGUUUGGCUAAUGGCAAACAGGAAAUGCAUAUCAAACCGUCAAAGGUCCGUUUCGAUGAUCAUCAGUGGCAUAAGGUCACAGUACAUCGACGUAUACAGGAAAUAUCUUCGAUAACGAGCUUUUGUAGAUUAGUGACCGUUGUCGAUGAUGUCUACACUGACCACUCCCAUAUAGCCGGCAAAUUUACAAUGCUCUCUUCUUCGCGCGUAUACGUUGGUGGUGCAGUUAAUCCUCGUGCUUUACUCGGCGCUCGGGUGCAUAAUAAUUUCGUGGGCUGUCUGCGUAAGGUUGAGUUCUCUGCGGAUACACUUUUACUUAAUCUGAUUGAUUUGGCUAAAAGUGGCUCGAAACUAAUACAAGUUGCCGGUAAUGUUGAAUAUCAGUGUCCCAUUGGUGAUCCACAGGAUCCAGUUACAUUCACCACCAGAGAAUCGCAUUUGGUCUUGCCGCCUUGGGAGACUGGCAAACAAAGCUCCAUAUCAUUUAAGUUUCGGACUAAGGAGCCCAAUGGACUGAUUAUUUUGGCGACUGGUUCCAAGCAACCUCGUUCAAAGAAUGCCGUGCUAUUUGCCAUUGAGCUAUUGAACGGACACAUCUACAUUCACUUGGAUUUGGGUUCGGGCGCGGCGAAAGUGCGUGCUUCACGGCGGCGAGUAGACGAUGGCGAUUGGCAUGAUUUGAUAUUACGGCGUAACGGACGCGAUGCAAAGGUAAGCGUCGAUGGUGUUUGGAAUGAGUUUCGCACUCCGGGCGACGGCACCAUAUUGGAACUCGAUGGACAUAUGUAUGUGGGCGGUACAGGGCCAGCGUAUAAUAAUAUAGCAUGGCCACCGGCUAUAUGGACGGCAACAUUGCGACAGGGUUUUGUCGGUUGUUUGCGUGACUUGGUGUUAAGUGGCAAGGCGAUCGAUAUUGCAGCAUUCGCACGCUUGCAGGAUUCAGCUUCUGUGAAGCCCUCGUGCCAUGUGCAGGCAAACGUCUGCGCCGGCAACCCCUGUUUGAAUGGUGGCACUUGUAUCGAAGGCUGGAAUAGACCAAUUUGCGACUGCACUGCUACACUCUACGCGGGACCGACUUGUGGACGUGAAUUGGCCACACUGGCAUUUAAUGGCAGUCAACAUAUGACCGUCUGGUUGGGCAAUGGUCAAGGAACUAAAACACAAACCGAAGAGCUAAUUAUUCGCUUCAAAACGUCACGGCCAACAGGCCUGAUUUUACUUACCAGCGCUGAAUCGAAUUCACCCGAUCGUUUGGAGAUCGCUUUGGUGGCAGGACGUGUGCGUGCCAGUGUACGAUUGAGUGAUCGCGAAAAGAAUUUACUCGCUGGGCAAUCGGUGUUGAAUGAUAACAAUUGGCACACCAUACGCUUCUCGCGACGAGCCUCCAAUCUACGGCUGCAAGUUGACGGGGUUCCCCCUGUCAGGGGUAUGUUAUCGGAGACUAUACUCGGUCGCCAUAGUACCAUUGAGAUACGUUCCAUUCAUUUGGGUGGAAUGUUUCAUGCCGAAGAGGAAAUCCAAAUGACAUCGACAAUGCCGAAUUUUAUCGGGCAACUGCAAGGAUUCAUAUUCAAUGGACAAAGAUACAUUGAUAUCGUUAAAAAUUUGGGCCCAGAAUUAUCGGCACUGCCAAGCGCUACAUUUAAGCUAACGGCGCGCUUUGUUAAUUCACCACCCGGUAAUCCCUAUCAUGCCGCUACCUUUCGCUCGAAGCACUCCUACGUCGGUUUACCGAUGUUGAAAGCCUACUCUAGUGUUUCGGUGGAUUUCCGUUUUAAAACCGUCGAACCCAAUGGUUUGUUGCUCUACAAUGGUGGGCGUCGUAAUGAUUUUAUUGCUUUGGAGUUGGUCAAUGGACAUAUACAUUAUACUUUCGAUAUUGGUGAUGGACCGAUAACUAUGCGCGAUAAAUCACGUAUACACAUGAAUGACAAUCGUUGGCAUCAAGUGAGCAUACGACGACCGGGUCCGAAAACUCAUACACUCACCGUGGAUGAUACAUUUGAGAUAGUCACAUUGACCGGCAAUAGCAUGCAUUUGGAGCUCUCGGGCAUACUAUAUAUUGGUGGUGUUUUUAAGGAUAUGUAUUCCAAGUUGCCUGCAUCCAUAUCAUCGCGUUCCGGCUUCGAGGGUUGUCUCGCUUCGCUGGAUUUGGGCGAUACAUCACCCACGUUGACUAGUGACGCCGUGGUGCCCAGCUCACUGGUGGUGACAGGCUGUGAAGGUCCCACGAAGUGUAGUCAAAAUGCGUGUGCUAAUCGUGGUAUUUGCGUACAACAAUGGAAUGCUUAUGUGUGCGAGUGUGACAUGACCUCGUACACGGGACCGACGUGUUAUGAUGAAUCCAUUGCCUACGAGUUUGGCAACAAUAAGGGCAUAAUCCAAUAUGCCUACCCCGAAAAUAUGCAAGCAGAUACAGAAGAAGAUAAUAUAGCGCUGGGCUUCAUAACAACCAAAUCAGAUGCAGUUAUAUUGCGCGUCGAAAGUGCAACCACUCAGGAUUAUAUGGAACUAGAGAUUGUUGAAGGCAAUAUAUUUAUGGUUUAUAAUAUUGGCACGCGUGAUUUGCCAUUGGGUGAAAUCGGUACUAAAGUGAAUGACAACACUUACCAUGUGGUGCGUUUCAGUCGUAAAGGUGGCAACGCCACACUACAGCUCGAUGAUUACAAUGUACAAACGUUGACGCCACAAGGUCAUCAAUCGACCGUCUUCAAUACAAUGUCCAGCAUUCAGGUGGGCGGUAAAUUCAGUCGUGGCGGUAGAACACGCAUUGAACGUCCAUUUGCCGGUGUCAUUGCCGGUUUGUCGGUGAAUAAGCUACGCAUGCUGGACUUGGCUGUUGAACGUGACCCACACAUAACCAUACGAGGAGAUGUUCAAUUGGUAACUGGAGUAUUAGAUAGAAAUGAUCUGCAAAGAAUGCAGCAGACUCCAGCAAGCGGUUAUCCUGGUGCCAUCGAUGAUUUAAUCUUCUCAGGCGCAGGCUCCGGCUGCCGUGGUGAUGAUGAAGAUGAGUGCACACCACCGUUCGAAUCGGGCAGCGGUGAUGAUCUCAUUACACCAGUUUAUGUGCCACCAACAAAACAAACAACAACAGCACAAAAUGCUAAUACAGACAAACAACAGACAAAUGGUACGGAACGCGCAUGUGAUGAUGAGGAUUGUCUACAUGGAUCUGGUGAUUAUGGCGAAACUACGGAACAAUUUACUUCGACCAGCACAGCUAGAGGAUCAGACACUCGCCAUGAGCUGAUCUCUUCAACGACAGACGGUGCCAAUAGACGCAUGGAAACUUCCAGCACGACGACGGAACAGCAACGUUCCAGCACUACCGUUUCCAGUAGUGCAAUGACACGAACCGAGAGUCAAACAUAUGCACCACGCGAAACUACUGUACCCUACAGCGCCACUACGAGCAUUGUCACCCAACAGCGUCAAUCGUCAACGCCCACAUCUGUCUACACUACAUCUACGCAGCGUACGUCUACAUCAACAGUGACAACAACAACUAGCCAAGCAACAGCGCCACCUGAAAUCCACUCUACUGCAACAGAACACCAGACAACACCGUACGAUGUCAUCUUCAGCGGCGGUGAGGGUGGUGAACGACAUCAUGGCGAUGACGAUGAAAAAUCAAAUAUGAUAUUCAAUGGUGAGCAUACAUCCCUACCGGAAGAGCGCCCACCACCGCAUAUACCCUCGCCACAUGAAACACCGCCUUACUAUCAAUUGCCACCGCAACAGCCGCCGACUUACGGCAACAACUACCGUUCCAAGGGCAAAGGUGGACGUGUGAACUCUCUCGAAGAGGAACGCACAGCUAUGAUAAUCGGUAUUGUUGCUGGCAUACUUAUCGCCGUUAUAUUGGUCAUACUGCUAGUGUUGUGGCUGAAAUCAACCGGGGAUCGCAACUACAAAACGGAGGGCGAGAAAGCUGCCGCCUAUGGGCAUAAUCCAAAUGCGGCAUUGUUGGGUAAUAACAGCACGAAUGGUUCCUAUCAUCAACAGCGACAUCACGGGACACAUCAUCAGAAUUUAAGUAAUGGACAUAAUACCGGUGGCGGUGGCGGAGGUGUUGGUGGAGGUGGUACUGGUGGCGGUGGCGGUGGUAGCGGUAGUGGCAGCAUGCUCGGCGCGGCUGGUGUUAGUAGUGGCGGUGCUGUUGGUUAUGGUUGCAUAAGUUCCGGUAUGGCCAGCACCGGGCCCGAUGGACGUCCACAAAUGGCCGGUCUGGUGCAACCAAAGCCGAAAAAACGCGACUCGAAGGAUGUUAAAGAGUGGUACGUGUAAAUUGUUUUGUUGAUUGCUUGCUUCGAGGGGAGAGAAUAGGUGAAGACAACAUGAAAAGAAAGAGAAAGUGAGUUCUGUUGAGCUCUCGAAGUAACAGCAGAGUGUACGAUUGAAAAGUGGUUAUGUAUUUUAUUAUUAUAUAUUAUAUUAUAUUUAAUUCAAACUAGCAAUAAUAAAUUUAUGAAAUGCAUAUGUAUUUAGUCAAAAGCACACAACAACACCUAUACGCAAACAUGCAAACAAACAAAGAUACAC